ACCGAGUGCUAGUGCAGUGGGCAGUGUAGCCUGUUAGCUCUGGGGCUGCUGUCGGUUGAAUAUACAUUUAUGUAGACUUUUACGUUAUUUCCAGCGUAUCAACGAGGUGAACGGGAUGCCGAGUACCGCAGUAAUUCAGAUUACCAACCUUUCCUCCUCUGUAGAUAGCGAACAAAUGCGAACUCUUUUCGGCUUCCUCGGAGAUAUCGAGGAAUUGCGUCUCUACCCUCCAGACCACACAUCGCUUUCCUUCUCAUCUAAAGUGUGUUACAUAAAAUACAAGGAGCCGAGUAGUGUCGGUGUGGCCCAGCAUUUAACCAAUACUGUGUUUAUUGACCGAGCUCUUAUUGUUGUUCCAUGUGCAGAAGGAAAGAUCCCAGAGGAGGCAAAGGCUCUGUCUCUUCUGGCACCUGCAACCCCAGCGCCCAGUUUGAUGCCUGGCGGAGGACUGCUGCCCAUCCCGAGCCCUGCCCCGCUCCAGAACCAGUUGGGUUUGCCGCUGCCGGCCCGGAGUCCGCUGCAGCUCGGACUCGACUCGUCUCUGAGCACCAUCUCUUCUCCCCCCAUCAUGGGCAAUGUGGACCCUUCCAAAAUCGACGAGAUCCGCAGGACGGUGUAUGUGGGCAACCUCAAUUCUCAGACCACCACGGCUGAGCAGCUGCUGGAGUUCUUCAAACAGGUCGGAGAGGUGAGGUUUGUGCGCAUGGCGGGAGACGAGACUCAACCCACACGCUUUGCUUUCGUGGAGUUCUCUAACCAGGACUGCGUGUCCCGAGCCCUCGCUUUCAACGGAGUCAUGUUCGGAGACCGACCUUUAAAGAUAAACCAUUCCAACAACGCUAUUGUGAAGCCUCCAGAGAUGACUCCUCAGGCUGCUGCUAAAGAAUUAGAGGAUGUGAUGAAGCGUGUGAGAGAGGCUCAGUCCACCAUCGCGGCAGCCAUCGAUCCAGCGGACUGCAAAAAGCGCUCACCCAGCAGAUCCCGAAGAUCAAGAAAGUCCUAUUCCAGAUCUCGCUCUCAUUCGCGUUCUCGCUCACAACGGAAACGCUCUCGAUCCAGACACAGGGGCCGGCCAUCACAGAGGUCAUGGCGGCGGACGAGUGAUGCGCACAAGAGACGUUCCCGAGACAGAAGAUACAGCCGCUCACACUCCAGAGAGCGACAGAAGAACAGAGACGGGAAGAUGAGGCGGGGGAACGAUACUGACGAGCGGAGAAGUGACAAAAAAGGAAGAAUGCCGUAUAAAGUUAACAGACGAUCCUCGAGAUCCCCCAUUAACAGCAGGGGACACAGAAAGAGGAGCAAAUCACGCUCAAGAUCAGCAAGGAAGAAAGCAAGGUCUCCAUCACCCAAGAGAGGAAAGAAAGACAGAAGGGGAGAAUAUGGGCAGGACAGCAGUCGGGAGUGGAGAGAGAGAUCAACAUCCAGGAGGAGAAGCAGGGACUCUGACAGGCAGGAGAGCAAAUCUAAGAAGGAGCGCGUGUACAAGCAAAAGGAGCAGGACUACGAGAGCGAUGGAGAAGACAUGGGCUCAGGUGCCAGCGAAGACUUUUCUCCUCACGCCCAUCACAACGGCAGGCACGCAGACGAAUGCGAGGAAUUCUCCACAGCCUAGUGACUACAAAGAGCUGCAUUCGGGGUUCACAUACUUGUUGAAAUGUUCCUCUUUGUAUUUUUAUUUUUUUUCCCCCUCCCCUUGUCUCUCUUUUCUACAAUGGCGUUUUUGUGCCACCUAAGGAAAAAAAUAUAGAAGAUAACGAGAAUAAAGUCGUAGCACUGCGAGAAUAACGUGUCGAGCGCACCGGCGUUUAACUACUUCAAAGUCAAUUUCUUUGAUCAUCAUCCUCAUUGUCUGUUGAGAAACAUCUGUUCUUAUAGCACGCAGAUGUUACCAUCGAUAGCCUUCUCCAAAGAGGCAGUUUCCUUCACAUCUGUCCGAUUUUGUUUCCUAAAUAAACGCUGCAGCGUCCGUAUACUUAUUCGAACUCCAUGCUGCUGUUAAGGUUAAAGUUAAAGUGGGAGUUAAAUCCUAACCUAAAGUAGGUUUUAACCAAAUCAUCCACAGCCAUUUUAUGCAAGAACAGCGAAACGUUCCUCGAAAUUCCGAUUUUUUUUUUCACUAAAUAUUAUCACUUUGAUCUCGUAUGACUAUGACUUUGUUCUCAAAAGAUUUCGACUUUGUUCUAUUUUAAGUUUAAUCUCAUAAUCUGAGGUUGUUGGGGGUUUUUUUCUCUCUUUUUUUUUUGUACUUUUCUCUCCAUCAUGCAGUUACAUUCUUAGAAAUGUUCUUUAUUUCUGUUAUAUGAGAGCUAUAUUGAAACAUACUGUAUGCUUGUGUAUAUAGUUCAGGAUGAUCUGUUUCUUUCCUUCCUUCCGUUUGUCCUUUUUUUUUUGUUUGUUUUUUUUUUUUUUUUUUUAUAUGAAGCGCCUCACGGACCUGCUUCAGUAUCCGUCGCACUUUUUUCUUGUUUUCUAGAAUCCAGGGAAAUCCCAGUUUCAUGUUUUUGUAGUUAUGCAAACACCCUCAGUUAUUAAGAUUAUAACCUUAGUAAUUAUGCAUGAAAGGUAAUACAGGGGGGAAGGGAAGAGAAACACACCUAGUAUGUAAAAAAAAAAGAAAAGGAAAAAAAAAAAGUGCCUGGAGAAAAGUUGCACAUGUGUAUAAUUCUAUUACAUAGUUUUAGCUUGUGCAUUUAUUGAAUUCAUUAAUACGGCGGUGUGUUUUAGAUGUAUUUUUUGCACAGUAUUUUGCAUAAACCAGACAAUAAUGAAGUUAUACAGUACUUUUACUGUAUCGUGUUAAUCCAGGCAUCAGAGUUUUUCCAGCAAGAAUUUUUUUUUGAUGGGGAUUAUGUUCUUGGUCUAUAAAUUCGAAGUAAUAAUUGAUGUCUGACUAUAAAAUUAUAUAAACAGAUUUGAGUUAUAGAUCGUCUCGUCCAGGGUCGGGGACAUUUCAAAGGGUCUGAAAAAGAUUUUUUAUAUAUAUAUAUAUAUAGUUUAGACAGAGAUGUAGUUUGGUUGAAUGUGUGUGUGUGUAUAUAUAUAUAUAUAUAUAUAUUAUGAGUGCAGAUAUUUGCACACCCUUAGAACAAAAGGACGGUUAUAAGAAAAUUAGUUUCAUAAUGAAGGGUUGUAUCGUACGUCGUGACGUUAAUGGAAGGAAAAAGGUUUGCAAUUGGUGUAAUAAUGCCUCCAUGUUAUCAUUUAUUAGUCAGUGGAAAAUUCUUUCAAAACUAUUCUGGAUUGUUUCACGUUCCUAGACUUGUAUUUUUCUGCUGUAGGGGGAAACAAGACUUGUUUUUCCCCUGUUUUUAUCAUAAAAAAAACAUAGGGGGUGCAAACUUUUAGACUCUUCUGUAUGACUAUUAAAAAACUAAAGUGAUAAAUAUACAAAUUCAAGACUAA